AUGGCAAAUGAGAUAUGGAUCGUUCCGUUUUUUGGUCAGGGCCAUUUGUUCCCUUUAAUGGAGCUCUGCAAACACUUGGCCUCCAGACACUUCAAAGCCGUUCUGGUUAUCUCUUCCAAACUCUCCUCCUCCAUUCCCUCAUCUCUCCGCCAAUACCCGCUCGUCGAAGUCGCUGAGAUUUCUGAAGAAUCACCACCUUCUCAGCCGCUUCACCGCCACCCCGGACACCACGGCCAGAUGGCAGUCGGGCUUGAGAAGCUCCUCUCGACCAGAAGCGAGAGUCCGGAUGCAGUCCUACCCCUUUGUGCGGUUCUUGACAACAUGAUGAGCUGGACUUCUGAGACCUUUCAGAAGUUUAAGAUUCCGGCGGUCAGCUUUUUCACCUCCGGUGCUUGCUCAGCCGCCAUGGAGUAUGCCCUGUGGAAGGCCCACCCGUUAGAUGUCAAGCCGGGGGAGACCCGUUUGCUACCCGGGUUGCCGGAAGAGAUGGCAGUGACGGUUUCAGAUAUUAAACGGCAGUCUCGGCCGCCACCAUUCCCCAUGGGUGGGGGCGGGCCACCGCCAGGAAGUCCAGGAGCGGGUUUUCCUACUCAUGGGCCAGCACCACCAGGUGGGCCUGGUGGUCAUGGUCCUCGAAGAAUGGGUCCGCCAAAGCCCGGAGACCCACCACAUUGGUUAGACGAGGUCGAGCAUUCCGUUGGAGUGAUGAUUAACACGUGUGAUGAGCUAGAGCAUCCGUUUAUUGAAUACGUCUCUAAUAAGAUUCAAAAACCUGUUUGGGGAGUGGGCCCGCUCUUGCCCGAGCAGUAUUGGAAAUCAACCGGUUCGAUUCUUCACGACAGCAAAGUUCGCGCCCAUCGAAAAUCAAAUUUCACCGAAGACGAGGUGAAUGAGUGGCUAGAUACGAAGCCACAUGGAUCCGUGUUAUACGUUUCAUUCGGAAGCGAGGUUGGUCCGACCAAGCAGGAGUAUGCAAUAUUAGCCAAGGCACUUGAAGAAUCUACCCGACCGUUCAUAUGGGUGGUCCAAGCCACCGCGGGAAAACCCCGAGGUCCUCCGCCUGGCCUCCCACAACCCCAUUCAGAACCUGAAGAAGACUAUUUUCCACACGAGCUAGAUAAACAUGUCGGAAACCGAGGACUGAUCAUAAACGGGUGGGCCCCACAGCUCUUGAUACUUAGUCAUCCAUCAACAGGAGGGUUCCUUUCGCAUUGUGGGUGGAACUCAACAGUGGAAGCAAUUGGGCGCGGAGUCCCGUUUUUGGCGUGGCCGAUUAGAGGGGACCAACAUUCUGACGCUAAAUUGGUAGCGAGCUAUCUCAAAAUUGGGUACCUGAUUACUGAAGAUUUGUCACAAACAAUAAAGAAGGAGGAUAUAACGAGAGGAAUUGAGAAACUACUGAGUGAUGGAGACAUGAAGCGACGAGCUGUGCAGCUUAGUGCUAAGUUUGAGCAUGGCUUUCCAACUAGUUCUGUGGCUGCUUUAGAUGCCUUUGGAGACUUCCUUAGACAUAAAAACUAAGAACUUUUUCUUGCUAUGUAUUUAUGUAUAACUAAAAAGACUGUACGUGUGUUUCAAUCUUGGAACAUCACAUGUUAUACAAUUUUCAUACUUGAUCACGUACAACAACAAAAUAAAGUAUCUAAUUUUCUUGCUAAUGAAGAUAGAAGAAGAAUGAAAUAAUAGCAUGAUUACCAUC